AUGGCCGAUCUUCUGACCCAUCAAAUGUGCAAUAGCAUCGGGGUGCUGCAACAGGUGGCUCCACCAUGCGGUCUAGAUGGCACGGACGUGAUGGGUUUAGAACAAGAAGAGAACGCUCGCAAUUUUGCAAAAUUAAUUGCCAAGAUCGCGAAGGAUAUUGACACUCUUAUCGACUCACUCCCAAACGACGACUCUUCAUCGAACGUGGACAACGAAGAGUUCACUCGUUUGGAAGAGUCCAAUCAGAAAGCUGCUAGGGAGUUCGAAGCUGUGGUCGAAAAAGGCCAGAUAUUAUUGGAUCGGAUCCAGGACGCAUUGGCUGAUAUUUCUAAAGUGUCUUACGCCGUAAGCCAAAUACAUACGAUAUGA